CAUAUUUUCGCGAUUACCUGCAUAUCUACCCCUCGUGUAUUGACUAAUCUUACUGUUUGACUGAGGUAGGCUCGGCUUAACUUACGCAGUGCUGCCAAAAUGAGUGUAGAGACGGAGCGCAGUGUGGCACAUCUGAUUCGAGCUCGUGUAAAUGUUGCCAUGCAAUCUUUAGGAUUAUAGGCUCAACCACAGCCUUUAUCAUCGAUAACUGCAGAAUCUCGCCUUCACAAUCGGAUCGCUUUGGCCUUAAAAGAGCCGUUUGUUCUCCCGUAAAGAAGAAGAAACAAACAUUUUAUGGUCCGAAAUCCUGCAGCUGUUGUCGGUUGAGCUGGUCGCGGCCAAAUGUUUCAGCGGGGACCUCGCAAGUUUUUCUGAACUGCCCCUUGAAAUAAACAUUGUGAUUAAAAAAUAACAUUAGCAGUCUUCGAGGACGUCUUUUCAAUAGUCUUCAGAAAUCGUUGUGAAAAUGUCAGAAAACGCACCUACGCGGAGUCUGGAUGACAUCGACCUGGCCGCCCUGCGGGACCCAGCAGGGAUCUUCGAGUUGGUGGAGGUCGUGGGCAACGGCACCUAUGGACAAGUUUACAAGGGUCGUCAUGUUAAGACAGGUCAGCUGGCAGCCAUAAAAGUCAUGGAUGUGACUGAGGAAGAAGAGGAGGAGAUUAAAGCGGAGAUUAACAUGCUGAAGAAGUACAGUCACCAUAGAAAUAUCGCCACCUACUAUGGAGCCUUUGUGAAGAAGAGUCCUCCUGGACACGAUGACCAGCUCUGGUUGGUGAUGGAGUUUUGUGGUGCCGGCUCAGUAACAGACUUGGUGAAGAACACAAAAGGCAACUCUUUAAAAGAAGACUGGAUCGCCUAUAUCUGCAGAGAGAUCCUUAGGGGUCUGUCUCACCUCCAUGCUCAUAAAGUCAUCCACCGAGACAUCAAGGGACAGAAUGUGCUGCUUACAGAGAACGCAGAGGUUAAACUGGUGGAUUUUGGGGUGAGCGCACAGUUGGAUCGUACUGUCGGCAGAAGAAACACUUUCAUUGGCACUCCAUACUGGAUGGCCCCAGAAGUCAUUGCCUGUGAUGAAAAUCCCGACUCCACCUAUGAUUACAGGAGUGAUAUCUGGUCUCUGGGAAUCACUGCUAUAGAAAUGGCUGAAGGAGCACCUCCGUUGUGUGACAUGCAUCCCAUGCGAGCUUUGUUCCUUAUCCCACGGAACCCUCCUCCCAAACUGAAGUCCAAGAAAUGGUCUAAGAAGUUCAUUGACUUCAUCGAGGGCUGUCUGGUAAAGUCAUAUCCGAAUCGUCCGUCCACUGAACAGCUCCUGAAACACUCAUUCAUCAGAGAUCAGCCCACUGAAAGACAAGUCCGCAUCCAGCUCAAAGAUCACAUCGACAGAACACGCAAGAAACGUGGCGAAAAAGAGGAGACAGAGUACGAGUACAGCGGCAGUGAUGAAGAGGAUGAGAACAGAGGAGAUGAGAGAGAAUCCAGCUCUAUUUUGAAUGUUCCUGGUGAGUCGACGUUGCGGAGGGAUUUCCUGCGGCUGCAGCAAGAAAAUAAAGAGCGUUCAGAGGCCUUAAAGAGACAGCAGGCGCAGCUCGCCGCUCAGCGCAGAGACCCUGAGGAGCAUAAACGCCAGCUGCUGCACGACCGGCAGAAGCGCAUAGAGGAGCAGAAAGAGCAGAGGCGACGCUUAGAGGAGCAACAGAGGAAGGAGAGAGAGAUGGUGCGGCAACAACAGGAUAAAGCUCCUCACCGGAGACUCGAUGACAUGAGACGAGAGGAGGACAGGAGGUUGGCAGAGAGAGAGCAGGAGUAUAAGCGUAAACAGCUGGAGGAGCAGAGACAGUCAGAGAGGCUUCAGAGGCAGUUACAGCAGGAACAUGCGUAUCUGGUCUCUCUACAGCAACAGCAGCAGCAGCAAGACAAGAAACCACAGAUGUAUCACUACAGCAAGAACCUAGAGAACAACAAACCAGCCUGGGCUAGAGAGGUCGAGGAGCGCAGUAAGCUGAACAGACAGGGCUCUCCCAAAAUCUGCACCACGGUCUCUGACACUAAUAUUCAAUCCCGCUCUGAGUCAAUCAACCAAUCAGGAGCUGCGCAGACGCCGCCCAUGCAGAGACCUGUGGAGCCGCAGGGUGGACAGGGAAAGUUCCAGAUGGCCCAUCUAGUGCCGUUAAAACCAUACGCCGCUCCAGUCCCUCGCUCUCAGUCUCUUUGUGAUCAGCCCACUAAGACCAUGUCCGCCUUCCCCACCCAGGACCCCUCACCCACACCCACACCUCGUCCUCUACACUCCAGAGAACUAGUCCGUCAAAACUCUGACCCCACCUCAGAGACUCCUGCCCCUCAGUCCCGGCCAAUGAGAGACGACCGCGGACCCUGGAUCCGUCUUCCUGAGAUUGAACAACCUCCUAAAAUUCCUCAGAGAACAGCCUCUAUAGCCACUGCACUGAACACAAAUCUCUCCUCUGGUAUCAGACACCCAGUCCGAGCAAGUAAUCCAGAUCUGAGUCGCAAUGAGCGCUGGGAGAGAGGAGACAGCAUGAGCAUCAUGUCCAACCUGCCACAGACCGGCUCUCUGGAGAGACACCGCAUACUCAGCUCAUCUAAGAUGGAUUCCUCUCCAACCCUCUCUCAUGAUGGCCGACACAAACCAGGAGAAUCCCGAACCUCAUCUAGACCCAGCAGACCAGCGAGCUAUAAGAGAGCAAUAGGAGAGGAUCAUGGUCUGUACUCUAAGGAGCGAGCAGAGGAGCAGCCGCGGCCCCCUGUGAAGGCCAACGACUACUCCUCUUCCUCAGAGAGCAGUGAAAGCAGCGAAGAGAGUGAAAGUGGAGAAGGAGCAGAGGAGGAAAGCCCUACUGACCGCCCCCGUGAUGCAGAUUCUGACUCUGUGAACACUAUGGUUGUCCAUGAAGAGGAGGAAGGUGAAGGAGGAGAAGAAGAACGUGCUGGAGGAUAUGGAGACCAAACCAUGCUUGUGCAGAGGACUCCAGAGAAGCGCAGUCAUAAUGGAUACACCAACCUGCCUGAUGUGGUUCAGCCUUCUCACUCUCCCACAGACUCGGCCUCCCACUCCUCCCCCGGGAAAGACUCUACUUAUGAUUAUCAGUCCAGGGGAUUGGUCAAGGCCUCUGGAAAAUCCUCUUUUACUACCUUUGUGGACCUUGGAAUGUACCAGCCAUCAGGGGGUAGUGGAGAUAACAUUUCUGUUGGAGGUCUGGGCUCUCGUUUUGAGCAGCUAAAGCUGGAGGUGAGGAAGGGCUCCAUGGUCAAUGUCAAUCCCACAAACACACGUCCGGUCAGUGACACUCCUGAAAUCCGCAAAUACAAGAAGAGAUUUAACUCUGAGAUCCUCUGCGCUGCUCUCUGGGGUGUGAAUCUGCUGGUCGGGACAGAGAAUGGUCUGAAGCUGCUGGACAGAAGCGGUCAGGGUAAAGUGUAUCCACUGAUCAACUCGCGCAGAUUUCAGCAGAUGGAUGUCCUGGAGGGACUGAACCUCCUCAUCACUAUAUCAGGCAAGAAGAAUAAGGUACGCGUGUAUUAUCUGGCCUGGCUGAGGAAUAAGAUCCUCCAUAAUGACCCAGAGGUGGAGAAGAAACAGGGCUGGACCACUGUAGGGGAAAUGGAGGGCUGUGUGCACUAUAAAGUGGUGAAAUAUGAAAGGAUUAAGUUUCUGGUUAUCGCUCUGAAGAAUGCAGUGGAGGUUUACGCCUGGGCUCCAAAACCUUACCACAAGUUCAUGGCCUUCAAGUCAUUUGGAGACCUGCCGCACAGACCUGUGUUGGUUGACCUCACAGUGGAAGAGGGUCAGAGGUUAAAGGUCAUCUAUGGCUCCUUGGCUGGCUUCCAUGCCAUUGAUGUUGACUCUGGAAACAACUACGACAUCUACAUUCCUGUACAUAUCCAGUCACAGAUCACUCCUCACGCCAUCGUGUUCCUGCCCAACUCAGAUGGGAUGGAGAUGCUGUUGUGUUAUGAGGACGAAGGUGUUUAUGUCAACACGUACGGACGCAUCAUUAAAGAUGUGGUGCUGCAGUGGGGAGAAAUGCCCACAUCAGUAGCCCACAUUUGCUCUAAUCAGAUUAUGGGUUGGGGAGAGAAAGCCAUUGAGAUCCGUUCUGUUGAGACGGGACACCUGGAUGGAGUCUUCAUGCACAAGAGAGCCCAGAGGCUUAAGUUCCUGUGUGAACGGAACGACAAGGUGUUUUUCGCGUCAGUGCGUUCCGGUGGCAGCAGCCAAGUUUACUUCAUGACCCUCAACAGAAACUGCAUUAUGAACUGGUGAAAGAACAUGGGUUCUGCUGUGUACACACAUUCAAACACUGAAGAGAUAAAGUCCUCGCACACUACAACACCCUCAAACACUUUGUAAAUACACAUUUACUCUCACACACACUCACACUUUCCUGCACAAACCUACAGACACAUCUUCCUGAAGACACUCCUCCACCAUUCUCCUGUGAUCUCUGAGCCAACUGAGCCCUGCUGACCUCAGUUCAUCCAGUUCCACACGGUUAGCUUUCAGUUCACCGGGGCCAACGUUCCUCCGAUGCUUUUAGGACUAGACAAAAGGCUAACUGUACAUACAUUGUACCAGAGAUGCGUGUAAACAAAACGAUGCGUGUAAACAAAACUAUGAGAAUCGUUCGGUUGUUGCGCGUUUGUGACGCAGCAGACAUGUGUGCGUGUGUUUCGAGAGACUUUAUAAGCUACUUUGAGCAGCAGAAACAACUUGAACCUGCAGUGGUGUGAGGUGGUACUGCCACAUCUGUAAUUUUACCAUUUGACCACUGUAUAGUGUAGUAGUCGUUUGUUCUUGGUUGCGUUCAGAGUUUCAGAUUCAAGUGAUUAUAAUGUUUUCUUUCAGCAAGUAGAAGUUUAGAGGAAUCUUGAGUUUUAGCAUAUUCCAAGACGGCUUCUCUUCCGAACGAGGGAAGGUUUUCGCUUUCUUGAUGUAUAAACAAUAAUCUUUCACCAAACUGUUUGUUGGAUGGGAACAUCGGUGGCCGCUUACGAAGUACAAUCCAGCGCUUUUCCACUAGUAGUUUGCUGGUGAAAACAAGCCACCCACGAUGGAGCAGCAGUCUCUGGUUUUGCUUUUCAAAGCACUUUUUUUUUAUUUUUGUUUUCUUUGGAUGUGAGAAGUAUCAUCAUAUCUACUACAGUUUGAUAUUCUCCGUAUGUAAACGUAUUUGGUAUUACUCCUACUUUUAUUAUCUGCUGUUCUAUAGCUGUUCUAUUGCAAUACGUGAUGUGUGCUCGUUCUUGUUCGAAGUUUUACAGGGGGUCUUCUCUUGAUUUCAGAAAGGAAGAUGAAGUUGAAGGUGCUUUUUGGCAGCAUAAACGUGUAGUUCGGACGUCUCCGUGUAAAUUGUACAUAGCAGCCAUGAUCGUAUUUAGAUAACAUUUGUAGGCACAUGAUUAUUAUUAUUAUUAUUAUUAUUAUUAUGGUUUUUAAGAAUUGAAUCACUACACAACUGCGUUAAACACUUGAGAGUGAUUUUAUAACCGAGUCAUGUGUUUUUGCUGUCAAAAUUGCUUUUGGAAAGUGUAGUUGUUUUAGGCAGAUUUGUAGUUCAACGGGAAAUGUGCGCAUUUGACCUGAACAUCUUAAUAUUUGGAACUCCCCCACCAUUUUAUAGCAACAAAACGUCAUGUUGUAGAUGAGGACUCGAUGGAUCGGAACAUAAAUAUUCUUUUGUUUAUCUAACAGUGUGUGAGCGAGUUAUAUAUGUGUGUGAGGGAAAUAUUAAGCGGUAACGUACAGUAGGAUCAGUAUAAAGCAAUAGUUUAAAGAAUUCGUGACGGGUUUGUGCCUGGUGUUAUUGUCUCCAGCUCUGCAAUACUAGACCAGAGAUUAUUCUCAAGCUUUUCACUUUCAUUUUCAUGCAGAUGAUCUACAUUUUUCAACAGUAUUUACCCAAAAACAGAUUCUCUAUUUAAAAAAACAAGAUGGUAUAACACUUAAAGAAAUGCUGCCUUUACAAAUAAGCUUGUGCACACUAAUCACUGAAAUAUUUGACGCACUUUCGUCCUUCCUGAAUAUUUUUCUAGUUUCUAGUCGUACAGUAGCUUGUGGCCGUACAAUCAUAAUCAGUUACCUAACAGCCCCUUUCCUCAAUACCGUCGCACAGUCUAGACGAGCGAUGACACAUUCAGUAAGUCAUCGUGAAAACACUUCAGACAAACAACAUUAUAAAUAGUCACAUUUCAGAGAGAGGUAUUUUUUGUUCAUCAACUAAGACCAAACUUGACUGCUACAGUGCCAUUAUAACAUAAUCAACGCUCUCUCUGAGACUUGCUUUCGCCCCUCAUCCUAUAGAAUUAAAGCAUUUCUUGCUUAGUGAAUCUAACUGCCAUGUUUACUGAAUUAACAGUGCCUUGGAUUGGGGUUGAAUGUGUGUGCAUGUGUGUGUAAGAGAAGGAGCGUGGAGCAUGUGAUUAUUUCAAUACGAAGUGAAGUUCAGGGAAGAGAAAAGUCCAGUGCGCAGUUCGAGCUCUCGUGCCAACAAAGUGCACUUAAACUGACAAGAGCCAGAGCACCAAGACAGGCUCCUCUCACUCCGUUUGAGCACAAAAGCCAUGCCAUAUAGAGUUCAUUCCUCUGGUUUAAAGGCAGUGCUCUCCUCUUGCAGUGUUUAGAUACUUGUAGAGCACCGUAUUAAAGUCCAAACGCCCAACAGUUACAAGAAAUAGCGCACGUUUUUUGGUGGCUGUAUCAUUUUGCCAAAUGGAAAACCUCUGGUGUUGGGCUGCUCACAUGCGUGUGAUGUAAUUCGGUGGAUUGAAUAGAGCUUAUGUUUUAUAGCAAAAUUGUGAUAUAGCAAAGAUUCAUAUUCGCUUUAUAAAUUAGAUAAAAGUUUAUAUUAGGAUUACAGUGGCCUGUCUGGAUGAAUGAAGGAAAUAUAUAUAUAUAUAUGUGUGUAAAAUAUAUCUAAAAUCCCAGAAUUCUUCUUCUUUUUUUGAGCUAAAUAGAUGUGAAUUUAUAUUAAGAGUUUAACGAACAUAACCUGCUCUCUAGAAGCGAAGAAACGAAUGCAUUGAUUAUAUGUAAUAGCAUUUGUCUGGCUGAAGAAUCAUAAUAAUAAUAAUCGAGCACAAGCUUCUGUACAUACGAGUCGUCUCUCUCCCCUCUUUUUCUUCCAGCGAGUGUUAUAAAAGCGAGCGUGUGGGUGUGCGACUCCGCAUGUGUGAAUAGGAGAGCUAUUUUUGCUGUGCGUGCGUGCGUGUGCUGUUCAUUAUUCCCUCAGAGGAAAGAGAGAAGAGAUGGUCGAGGACCAGUUUGGUCAAACAUGCACACAUCAUCACAGAUGCGACUCCAGUCAUGUUUGCGAUGACCAAUUCUACAGUCAUUCUGUCAGCAACUGACCACAGUUCUGAUCUCAUGCAAGAGACUUUUAGAGGAAGAGAUCAUCAAAAAAUAACUUGAGUAUGUUUCUUUUUCUGUUGAACACAAAAGAAGAUAGUUAGAAGAAUGUUGGAAAUCAUUGACCUGCUAUUUUUCUCAAUUUCUUCUUUUGUUUUCAGCAGAAAGAAGAAACCUCAAAGGUUGAGUAAACAAUGAGUAAAUGGUCAUUUUUGGGGUGAACUACCAUAUCAGGGGUCAUUUUGAAGGUACACAUGGUGUUGGCUUUAUUAUGGACGUUAUUGAAUGUAAUCUGAAGAGUUUUAGAGGGUUUAAGUGCACAUGUGAAGAUGAUAUUUGACACUUCAUCCCCCUCCGCGACCGAUUUCAUCAUGAAAUGCCUGUUCUAUUCUCGCGUCUUUCUAAAACCAGUCAGUCUUUCGAAAGCUAGGGCAGUUUGCGUGUAGCGAUCAUGGAGAUCUGUCUGGUUUUUUCCGUUUUAAGGCCUUUUACUGCUGUGUUUGCGGGAUUUAUCUACCCUACAUGCUAUUAGCAGCUAUGCUAACAAGUGGCAUUUCUCUUGUUGUUCUCUUGUAAUCCGAAGUUAAUCCCUUAGCUGAUUUUUGUAAGAUAUUUACUACUCCAAAGAAGAAGAGUUGAUGAUUUGUAGAUCUUUUGUGCUUUUGGUUCAUUCUCAUAGCGGCAGCAGCCAGGACAGGUUAAAGCUUGGGUGUUUUUUUUUGUUUGUUUUUUGGAGGUCUUGAUAAAAGUUGAUCCUCUGUGAUGGGUUGAUUAUCAUUCUUUUCAUUUUACUUCAUAAACGUUUUUCUGUUUCAGAAGAAAGCGGUAGAUGUUUCAGACAUAUUUCUUAGCGUUUCUGUUUAGGAGAGGAAUGCUUCGGAUGAUUUUAAGUCUUAAAGAUUGAAUGCAUUCACAAGUCUGUAAUGUCUCGAUACAACAUUAUUUGAAAAUUAAAAAUAACUUGAUCUGUUAAA